AGCCGCAGCCGUGGUAGCAGCUCCUCCGCCCCCCCCCGCCGCGCGCGCUGCGGCGCGGCUGCUCCAGCGCCCCAGAGCCUGCCGCGAUGGGGCAGCACUCGGAGCAGAACGCCCUGGUGCCGGAGCGGGAGGAUGACCUCUUCAUGAGGCUGAAGGAGCUCCAGCGGCAGAUGGAGUUCUUGGACAUCCAGGAGGAGUACAUCAAGGACGAGAUGAAGAACCUGAAACGCGAGAUGAUACGCGCCCAGGAAGAGAUCAAGCGGGUGCAGUCCGUGCCCCUGGUCAUCGGCCAGUUCUCCGAGAUGGUCGACCAGAACCGCGGCAUCGUGUCUUCCACCACAGGAUCCAACUACUUCGUUCGGAUCUUGAGCACGCUCAACCGCGAGCUGCUCAAGCCCAGCAGCUCGGUGGCGCUGCACCGUCACUCGCACGCGGUGGUGGACAUCCUGCCGCCCGAGGCGGACAGCACGGUGCAGAGCCUCGCCAUGUCGGAGAAGCCCGACGUCACCUACGCGGACGUCGGCGGGAUGGACAUCCAGAAGCAGGAGAUCAAGGAGGCCGUGGAGCUGCCGCUGACCAACGUCGAGCUCUACGCGCAGAUCGGCAUCGACGCGCCGAGCGGCGUGCUGCUGUACGGGCCGCCAGGCACCGGCAAGACGAUGCUGGCGAAGGCGGUUGCCAACCAGACCACGGCAACCUUCAUCCGAAUGGUUGGCUCGGAGUUCGUCCAGAAGUACCUCGGCGAAGGCCCGCGCAUGGUCCGAGACGUGUUCCGGCUGGCCCGCGAGAACGCCCCGGCGAUUGUCUUCAUCGACGAGAUCGACGCCAUCGGCACCAAGCGCUUCGAUUCCCAGACCGGUGCCGACCGCGAGGUGCAGCGCAUUCUGCUGGAGCUGCUCAACCAGAUGGACGGGUUCGACCAGGACACCACCGUGAAGGUGAUCAUGGCCACCAACCGGGCCGACACCCUCGACCCCGCCCUGCUGCGGCCGGGCCGCCUGGACCGCAAGAUCGAGUUCCCACUGCCUGACCGUAGGCAGAAGAGGCUCAUCUUCCAGACCAUUACCUCGAAGAUGAAUCUGAGUGAGGAGGUAGAUCUGGAGGACUACGUCUCCCGGCCUGAGAAGAUCACCACCGUCUUCGCAGGAUGCAUGGUCUCGACGCAGGCGCGCUCUAUCGGCCUCGUCCUGUGUUCAGUGCUCUUCUUCGGGGAGACCUGCACCAUCGUCGAGCAGGUCGGAUUCACGGCCACUCUUCGCAACGGGGGGUGGUCUCUCAAAGCCCUGCAGAAGUUCGAUGAGCGCAUGGCCACGGAGACGCGGGAGAUCGAGGGACUCGCCUGCGGCGGGGGCCUCGGGGGGUGCCGUGCGGGGGAGCGCGCCCUCGCACUCGGCCGCCGGCCGUCGCCCGAAGCCAUGGAGCCGCGCGAGGAGGCGGGCCUGCAGGCCGCCGAGGAGGGCGGCAUGGAGGCCCGGGCGCUGCUGGGCGGGCCCCGCCUCCCCGCGCCCCGGCGGGGCCUCGGCCGGCCCUGCUGCCUCUUCUGCGCGGGGGCGACGGCGCUGGCCGUCGCGGCGGCCCUGUGGCUGCUCACGGAGGACGUGGAGGAGGGGCCCUCCGCGGCCGACCGCAAGCUCUCCCCGCCGCUGGUGGGCGGGGAGAAGAACGCGACGGGGGGCGGGGCGGCGGCUGCCGCGCCCUGCGACGGGCCGCUGUGCAGGGCGGAGGCGCGCCUGGAGAAGGUGAAGGACUGGGAGGGCUGGAGCCGGGUGGCGCCGUUCCUCGUCACCGACACGGAGACCACGGGAACUGUCACGGAGACCACCACGACCACCGAGACGGUCACAAAGACCACCAGGACCACGACCACCAGCACGACCACCACGACGACGACGCCGUGCAUGGUGCUGGGGGAGGGCGACGAUUGCUACAAGGAGGUCCUGGAUGUCUUGUACGAUCUCCGGGAUAAUCCAGGCAGCCGUGACGGCCUCACCAUGUGGUCCUCUUUCGAGGAGGUCCAGACUUGGCUGCACCAGAACGAGAAAAAAAGCAAGUGCCUGGACGCCUGCGAGUGCCAGGUGGUGCCAGUGAACAGCAAAUGCUACUCGAGCCUGGUGUUCGCGAGGGAGUCUGGCAUCCGGGAGCAUCCAGAGUGGUACCCGAACCUGACGGAGAAAUCGUCCACGUACGAUUUCCAGGAGUACCUCUGGAAGUACGUCAACGACACGGAGUGCCCGAGGCCCUGCAAGGCCUUCCCGCGCAGCGAGACCUCGCUGUUCUGCUGGUCCGUCGCCCGCCAGUGGGGCUACGAGGGCGAAGUGAUGCGGGCGCAGCUCGCGGCGGGCGCGGGCAUCUUCGGCUGCGACGGCUUCGCGGUGGUCAGCGAGGAUGAGUGGAGCGUCGGCCAGGGCCCCGGGGGGCGCCUCGGCGAGGUGAACACGCUGAGCUUCCCCGGCGCGCCCGUGGGCGUCUCGAAGGACGGCACGGCGGGGAACGCGCAGCUGUUCAUGAACGCGUGGGACGCGGUCCUGGGUCGCACCCUGCUCCUGGACUUCGACUGGGGCAUCAAGGCGGACCCGGACGCCGUCAUCGUGGCGGACAGGCUGAGGGAUCACGUGAAGGACCAGACGGGCUCCAACGUGUACGUCAGGAAUUGUAGGGGCGACGGGAACAACCCAGAGUUUCCGAUGAUGUUUGGGUCUCUGGAGGCGAUUACCAGGCAGGGCCUCCAGGCCUACAAGGACGGGAAGGAUCGCUGCAGGAGCGAGCUGAACUGGUACUCGUGGGGAGAAGACCUCUUUCUCGGCAAGUGUCUCCUCCACCUGGGUGUGGGCCCCGUGGACGACUUCUCCAUCAUCAGCGAUGGUGUCUGUGCCGGCGUCAACUGCAACGACGGCUGGUCUGCGGCGUUUCACCCGUUCAAGGGCAGCAACGAGUGGAUGAACUGCUGGGAUACGGUCACGAACCACAUGGGCGGGCCGCCCCCGCCGCUGCCCUGA